AUGUCUGAGUCAUCGCUGCAGUUAACGAAAUUGGAACAUCGCGCCGUCAUAAAAUUCCUCGUAAAAAAGGGGAAAACAGCAAAAGAAAUUUUUGAAGAAAUGUCUAGUGUAUACGGAGAAUCUGGACCGUCGUCAGCCACGGUUAAACGAUGGACACGCCUAUUCCAACAAGGCCGAGAGACUCUGGAAGACGACCCCCGCUCGGGCCGGCCGAACACCGCAGUCACUGAUGAAAACAUCGAAAAAGUAAAAAAAAUUGUACUGGACGAUCGGCGAGUAAAAUUGUGGCAGAUAGCAGAAGAGCUGAGCAUCAGUAAGGAACGAGUUGGAGACAUUAUGCAUAAUCAUUUGCAUAUGAAUAAAGUCAGUGCGCGUUGGGUGCCUAAAAUGCUCACGCCACUGGACAAGCAGCGACGAGUUGAAACUUCCGAAGAAUUUAUAGACCUGUGCAAGGACAAUUUGGAGGAAAUUUGCACUCGUAUUGUCACCGUUGAUUAA